CAUUUCUCAAAAACACAAAUCUUUCUUUCUCUCUCUUUUGUGCCAUCGAUGGCUGACACAGUUGCUGAAGUACCUACAAAGAGGUCGAGGGGGGGCAGAAGGGGGGCCCUGAAGGAGAAAAACCCAUCAACAAACGAGGCUAACAUCUUAGCUGGGAAGGUUUCUGAGUCCUCUGCAACACCAACUUCGCUCCCAUCUGAUAAUGAUACCCUUUCUCAGCCAAAGAAGGGGCGUGCCGCCUCAAAGAAACAGCAAUCUUUCGAGAAAGAGUUGCUUGAGAUGCAGGAAAAGAUGCAGCAGUUGCGCCUAGAGAGGGAGAAGACUGAAGAACUCUUGAAGGCCAAAGACGAGGUUUUGAAGCAGAGGGAGCAAGAGCUCGAAAGUCGUGGCCGGGAGCAGGAGAAGCUUCAGACGGAGUUGAAAAAAUUGCAGAAGUUGAAGGAGUUCAAACCCACCAUGAUUUUGCCUGUGCUGAAAGACAAGGAACAAGAAAAGAAGGACAAGAAGAAGAACGGUUGCUCUGUGAAAAAAAGGCCCUCUCCACCUUACAUUUUAUGGUGCAAAGAUCAAUGGAACGAGAUUAAGAAAGCAAACCCAGAGGCAGAAUUUAAGGACAUUUCAAACAUGUUGGGGGCUAAAUGGAAGACAGUUUCUGCAGAAGAGAAGAAGCCUUAUGAGGAGAAAUACCAUGCUGAAAAAGAAGCUUAUUUGCAGGUAAUUGCAAAAGAAAAACGUGAGAGUGAGGCUAUGAAGCUCUUGGAGGAGGAGCAGAAGCAGAAGACUGCCAUGGAAUUGCUUGAACAGUAUAUCCAGUUCAAACAAGAGACAGAAAAAAAAGAGAGCAAGAAAAACAAGAAGGAAAAGGAUCCAUUGAAACCAAAACACCCUAUGUCAGCUUAUUUCUUGUUCACUAAUGAUAGACGGGCAGCGCUUCUUGCAGAGAACAAGAGUGUCUUAGAGGUUUCCAAGGUCACAGGCGAAGAGUGGAAAAACAUGACAGAAGAACAAAGGAGGCCCUAUGAAGAGAUGGCAAAGAAGAACAAGGAGAAAUAUAUCCUAGAAAUGGAGGCUUAUAAACUGAAAAAAGAUGAGGACGCUGCCUAUCUCAUGAAGGAAGAGGAGGAGCAUAUGAAACUUCAGAAACAGGAAGCAUUGCAACUUCUGAAGAAGAAGGAGAAGACUGAAAAUAUUAUCAAGAAAACAAAAAUGAAUCGUCAGAAGAAGAAACAAAACAAGGAAGAUAAGAAUUCUGAUCCAAACAGGCCUAAGAGGCCUCCAUCCUCAUUCCUCGUAUUCAGCAAAGAAACAAGGAAAAAUUUGCAGGAAGAACGACCAGGAAUCAGUACCUCCACACUGAAUGCACUUGUUUCAUUGAAGUGGAAGGAACUGAGUGAGGAAGAUAGACAAUUAUGGAAUGGGAAAGCAUCGGAAGCUAUGGAUGCAUACAAGAAGGAAUUGGAGGAAUACAACAAAUCACUAGUUGGUCCCAAUCAGGAGCUGAUAACCGAAGAAUAA